GAUCUCCGCGUUCUAUAUUUUACCUGAUCACGCGAUUUCUUUUCUCGCUGAGGUCCAGUGGAUUGAUCAUUCAGGCCAGCUUGGAUCUAAUCCAGCGAGUACGAUCUACUACCCUAUAAAAGUCAACCCUUACCCACGCCAACUUUCAAAAUGGCCUUUCCAGGUACCACAGGGACCGCGAUUCCCAUGACCUCCCUGGGAGGUAACCCGGCCACCCAGGGAAUGAAUGAACAAGAACAGGCUAUGGUGAAGAUGAUGCAACGUGGUAUGGAGUCCUGCCCUAUCAAGACAGUCAUUUCAGGUACCAUGGGUUUCGGUCUUGGUGGUGCUUUCGGUCUCUUUAUGGCCAGUAUGUCCUACGACUCAACCUUCACACCCCAGGGCCGCGCCAUCGCCGACCUCCCCUGGCGCGAACAAGUCCGCCGCGGUUUCAAGGACAUGGGCGCCCGAUCCUGGUCCUCUGCUAAGAACUUCGGUAUCGUCGGUGCGCUCUACUCCGGCACCGAGUGCUGUAUCGAAGGUCUCCGCGCGAAGAACGAUCUUACCAACAGCGUUGCUGCUGGUUGUGUCACUGGUGGUAUUCUCGGUGCAAAGGCGGGUCCCCAGGCUGCUGCCUUUGGUUGCGCUGGUUUCGCAGCGUUCAGUGCGGCUAUUGAUGCCUACAUGAGAAUGCCCGGUGAUGAGUAAACGUUCCAUUCGGAUCCGACUUGAAAGCAUAAGCCUGUUCCGUCGUUUGGCUCUUCUAUUGC